CGCACCCCUUUAGAAGGCAGCCUCCUGAUUGACUGAGGAGAUUACCAAUAAAAAGGGAGGGUUAUCAGGAAACAAACAUGGCUACCCUGUUUGUUGGAGAGCCGCAAGAGAUGGAAGUGGACCGGAAGGGUGAGUCAGAGGAGUCUGGAGAUGAUGAGACCAGGAGGAAGAGCAUCAAUGGGGAGGUUGCCGCCAAUCAGCCCCAUACCACAGUUAAAGAGGAGUCUCCUGUUGAAAUGGAUACCAUAACUCUGGACCCAGAGGAAGAGGAUGUUGAUCUUGUCCACUGUCGUAUUGGGAAGAUUGAGGGAAUGGGGGUGUUGAGGAAGGCGAAGACGCUCUCUCUAAGGCAGAACCUGAUCAAGACGAUUGAAAACCUGGAGACGUUAGUGAUGCUGAAGGAACUUGAUCUCUACGACAACCAGAUCCGCAAACUUGAGAACCUGCAGACCCUCAAAGAGCUGGACCAGCUGGAUGUGUCCUUCAAUCUACUGAGGAAGGUGGAGGGUCUGGAGCGUCUGACGGGGCUAAAGAAGCUCUUUCUGCUGCACAACAAGAUAAGCCACAUCGCCAACCUGGACCACCUCACCGGCCUGGAGAUGUUGGAGCUGGGCUCCAACCGCAUCCGGCUAAUAGAGAACUUGGACGGGCUGUCCUCGUUGACGAGUCUGUUUCUGGGCACCAAUAAGAUCACUCAGCUGCAGCAUCUGGAAGGCCUUCACAACCUGACAGUCCUCAGCAUCCAGAGUAACCGCAUCACCAAGAUGGAGGGUCUGCAGGGUCUGGUCAACCUGAAGGAACUCUACCUGAGUCACAACGGCAUCGAGGUCAUUGAGGGCCUGGAGAACAAUAAAUCAAAGCGUGUCAAUUUUGACGCUGUUUGGCCACAUACAGAAAAAGCUCACAACUCUCGACAUCGCAGCCAACCGGGUAAAGAAAAUUGAAAACAUCAGCCAUCUAACCGACCUACAGGAAUUCUGGAUGAAUGAUAAUCAGCUAGAGAACUGGUCAGAUCUAGAUGAGCUGAAGAGUUCCAAGGCCCUGGAGACGGUGUACCUGGAGAGGAACCCCUUGCAGAAGGACCCCCAAUAUCGCAGGAAGAUUAUGCUGGCUCUGCCCACCGUACGCCAGAUCGACGCCACGUUCAUCCGCUUUUGACCGGGCCACACCCCUACCUUGGUGUCCCUCCACUCACCGUUCUUCCCUUGCAACUGCAAAAUGGACCUCAGCUUACUGCACACACUCAUUCACCACAGGCACACACCGACAGAUACAGACGAGUGUCCUUAUAUACCACAUACACUCCAGCACACACACAUUCUGACCAUCACGGCUCACUUGCCUUACCGUCUCGUAAAACACGCAUGUACACACUUACACUCACCAUCUGACCUAUGCUAUUGUGUUAAUGCAUAUUAAUUUAUUGUCAGAAUUGGACUGGAUAGGGUCUGGGAGGAGUGGGAGCUGCAGGAAUGUCAAAGGACUGCCCCCCCCCCCCUUUUUCCCCCUUUGGAUGUGGAGUAGGGAAUAAUUGCUCUGCCUGAUGGUCCUUUUGUCUGGAGGGAUUUAAAAGGCAGUGGGUCUUUCUCCCUUUGUUAUUGAAAUUGCACUGUACCUGGCAAGAAGGUGGGCUGGAGGUAUUGCUGAUGGUCUAUUUAAGUGUUCAUCACAUUUCCUUCAGGAAGUUCUAAACUCACCAGACAGUCUUAUUUUAAAGAAUUAAAAAAAUGUAUCUAUUAAAUGUGACAAUGGUAGCUGCUGCCUUUAGUGGUGCUAAUAUUGGUGUGUAUGAUACUGGGUGUGGUUGCCAUGGGGAUAUUUAGCUCACCAUAACACUAAGUUUCCCUCAAAUUGUAGCUACGUUAAACAGACGCUGUAUCUGUUGUUCAAUGUGAAGGGUUAAUUCACACCCUGUCAUAAAGAAGCAUACUCUGAAACUGGUCCAAUUCGGGACAAUAAAGCAAAUGUGCUGUUCUGAAUGCCAAAUCAUGGCAGCACCAAGAAACAAACCAGGGGUUUGUGCAUUGGGAAAAAAUGUAGCGGAGCAUUUUGCAAUGGGGCAAAAUGGAAAAAAGUUAUUGGACAAGAGCAGAUGUUUUGUGUUUCUUGCCUGAUGAACAUGACCCAAUUACCAGAGAGUAUAACCACAUGUGAAGAGUGGGAUUUUUGCUUAAAGAUUUGUUCACAACUGUUUUCAUUGAUUUGUUUUUUAUUUAGUUUCUUAAACUGAUUUGUUUUGAAUGGUUCAAAGACCAAGUUUGAUUAUUUACAAUGUCCUAAUUCAAAUUAAUCUGCAGUCUGAGCUACACUGAAAAAUAAACCAUUUCAAAUAUU